GCUUCUCUGCGCUCCCCGGCCCCUCUCCAGCCUCUAGUCCCGGCCCCCCAUCUUCUUCCGCAGCCUUCCCUUCGCUCCCUCCCGUCCCCCCCAGCUCCUUGCCUCCAACUCCCUCCCCUUCCACGCCCGCCCUCUCGCCUUCGCCGUCCCAAAGUGGAUUAAUUAUACGCUUUCUGUUUCUCUCUCCGCUGCUCUCUCCCGCUGUGAGCCUGCCCGCCUCUCGCUGUCCUCUCUCCCUCUCGCCCUCUCUUCGGCCCCCCCUUUUCACGUUCACUCUGUCUCUCUCACUAUCUCUGCCCCUCUCUGUCCUUGAUACAACAGCUGACCUCAUUUCCCGAUACCCUUUCCCCCCCUAAAAGUACAACAUCUGGCCCGCCCCGGCCCGCAGACAGCCCGUCCUCCCUAAAGAAUCAGAGAGAAUUAAUCCCCCCCCCCCAAAAAAAAGCCAUCCCCCCGUUCUGCCCCGUCGCACAUUCGGCCCCGGCGACUCGGCCAGAGCGGCGCUGGCAGAGGAGUGUCCGGCAGGAGGGCCUUCGCCCGCUGUUCGGUUUGCAAUACGCAGCAGGAAGGUGGGCGGCCCCGUGCCGGCUUUCAGUCAUCAUCAAUGGGGAUCUCAGCGGGAAAGUCGGUGCUGGCGUUUCUCACCUUCUUGGCCUUCGCCUCGUGCUGCUAUGCUGCUUACCGCCCCAGUGAGACCUUGUGCGGCGGGGAGCUGGUGGACACCCUCCAGUUUGUCUGUGGGGACCGCGGCUUCUACUUCAGCCGACCAUCCAGCCGCAUAAACCGACGCAGCCGUGGCAUCGUGGAAGAGUGUUGCUUCCGAAGCUGCGACCUGGCCCUCCUGGAGACUUACUGUGCCACCCCCGCCAAGUCCGAGAGGGAUGUGUCUGCCUCUACGACCGUGCUUCCGGACGACCUCACCGCAUACCCCGUGGGCAAGCUCUUCCGACAUGACACCAGGAAGCAGUCCACGCAGCGCUUGCGCAGGGGCCUGCCCGCCUUCCUGCGAGCACGCCGGGGUCGCACGCUCGCCAAGGAGCUGGAGGCGCUCAGAGAGGCCAAGAGUCACCGUCCGCUGAUCACUCUGCCCAUCCAGGACCCUGCCACCCACGGGGGCGCCUCUUCCGAGGCAUCCAGCGAUUAGAAGUGAGCCAAAUGUCGUAAUUCUGCCAAGUGAUACCAUCUGCCUUGCGCCGUCCUCUUGGCCGGGACCGCCCCACUAAGUCCGUCUCUAAAAUCUCUGUACCAUCCUGUCUGCGGGCCCCCCUACCCCAGCCUCUGUGCCCCAACCUCCCCACGUCAGGCAACACCCCCCUCGGCCCCCUCCACCUGGCCGAGGGGAUCAGAACAACAUCUCUAAAAAUGUACAAAACCAAUUGGCUUUAAAUAUCCCCCCAAAUUAUCACCCCCCAAAUUACCUCCAAAUUAUACAACCAAAAUUGCAAUCAUGAACCCCUUAAUCAGCCCCCUUGAAACGAAUUGGCUUUUUAGCAACACCAGAAUAGCAAACCAGUUUUCCAAAAACUUCUAAAAAAAAAAAAAAAAAAAAUCAAUUGGCUGAAAAAAAAUACUAAAAAUAAAUUGGCUUAAAAACAAUUGGCAAAAAAAAAAGAAUUCGGCCCCCCCCCCCCUUCCUUCUCAUUCCUUUUGGAUCUGGACUUAAAUUGGCUUUGAUCUAAUCAUUGAAGAGAAAGGAAGGGGCCAAAUUUGCAGGUAGGCUUGUCCCUGCUGGGCAGCCAUUUCCCCGCCGCCGCCAGGCCCUCCCCGGGCACCAGCAGUGUGACACCAAAGACCCAAACCCGCUCCUCCUCCAAGUUUCCAUCACUGAGACCAAUACAGAGCAGUGAGGGGACCCCAUAAGACCAGAGGAGGGGAGCACGGAACAGAAACCCCACAUCGCACUGGUAAAAUUGAAUUGGCAAAAAAAGAAUAAAAUAAAAUUGAAUUGGCAAAAAAAAUAAAUAAAUAAAAUAAAACUGAAUUGGCAAAAAUAAAAUAAAAUAAAAUUGAAUUGGCAAAAAAAAAAUUAAAAUAAAAUUGAAUUGGCAAAACACCCCCACACUCCAAAAUCUGACAUCACAAUCCUUACCUCAGAAAGCAAACACAACCCUGCACGCACACACACACACACACACACACACACACAUUCAUGCAAACUCACACACAUCCACUCUCACAUGCAUCCAUGCACACACACACACACACACACACUCAUGCAUCCAUGCACGCGCACACACACACAUCCAUGCAAACUCACACACACAUGCAUCCAUGCACGCGCACACACACACACACAUCCAUGCAAACACACACACACUCUCACAUGCAUCCAUGCACGCACACACACACACACACUCAUGCACCCAUGCACGCACGCACACACACACACACACACUCUCACAUGCACCCAUGCACGCGCACACACACAUGCAUCCAUGCACGCGCACACACACACACACACACACACACACACACACACUCAUGCAUCCAUGCACACACACACACACUCUCUCUAGGGACACCCGAGCCCAGCCUUUGUGCAGCUGAGACCGAAUUCCAUCCCAAAUUCUUUUCUGAGCUGCCCCGCGAUGAGGUUUUUCUGUUCCGUGCUCCCCUCUUGUCCCCUGGGAUGCGCCAUGGUGGGAAGGUGUAUCUCGGGCUCAGGCAGGUGGUUCCAUCUUUCCGAGAAGAGGAUGAUCCCCACUUCUUCUCGGCACCUGUCAUGACCCCACAGCCCACAGAAUGUAAGUCCUGGGUGCCCCCAGACCCCAGGGGCAUCCACGCACCGACCACCGUGCAGAGCGAGGAACGGUUUGGCCGGGUGGGAGAUGGCUGCAGCUAAGCCAGACAAGCCCGACCACAUAGCCUGACCCCCUGGGCGUGCUCCUGCAAGACCUGGGGAGCCCCCUCCCCCGAGCACACCCAGGGACCAUCUUUGCCGGCCUCCUGGGGAAGCCUCUCAGAAAUGAGGGGCCCCCCCGGAGGCUGGCAAAGGUGACGGGGAGUGUGGGAAGUCUGGAGGAUGGAGGGGUGGGUGGGGGGCAGUGGGGGCUGGGUGGGGGGACAUUCCUAGGCAGGAAGUGGUCCAGCAAGAUUUUGGAGAGAAACGUUCGGGGGGAAGGAACAGCGAGGCACUUGCAGAAUUACAGACAGAAAUUAGAACCCAAAUUGACGCCAAUUGAUCUAUCUCCCCUCUUUAAUUACUCCUGGGGCAUCUUUCCUUUUUUUUUUUUUUACUCCCUCCUUAGCUUUUUACGCGCUCAUUUACCAAUUUACUCCCCACCCCACGUAACAGGGGGGCAGUGACCAAGGACGAGGAACACAUGCAGUCACCACCGUCACCCGCGGCCCUGCCGCCAGCCUGCCCUCCGCCAUUUAUCGCCUUUUUUAAAAUUUUUUUUUUAAUCUGUCCCUGUCGCUUGGGUUGAGUGGAGAGUGGAGCCUCUGUGGGGGUGCUGGCCACUGUGCCCCCCAGAGAAGUCAGGGGAAUGGAGACGGCCGCUGCCCGGCCUGGCCCCCGGGGGACGGUGGCUGGUCCCCGGGGGGUCCUGAGGGGCGGAGGAGGGGGCGGGGAGGCGUCUCUCCAGGUGUCAAGAAGGUGCUCGGUGGCCACCAAGGUUGGGGCCCCUGGCCAGCCUGGCUGGCCAGGGGGGAAGGGGCUAUGGAUGUGUGAGUGAAGGUCUCCAGCGGGCGGGAGCAGGUGGCCGCCUUCCGCGCACUUGGGGAGGCUCUCCCCGUACCCCUCGGGAACAGCUUGCCCGCCUCCUCAGCGCCCCGUCUUGCCCCCAGGAAGCUCGGAGCUCCGCAGGGCUUCCUGGUGUCCAGGCGGGGUGAGGUCGGGUGGUAGGAGAGGCCGGGAGAGCCGGGCCCCGCAGAGCAGAAGAGCUGCGCAGUUCUCUGACCGCUGGGUCGCUUGGGCCCCGAGGCCCUCGGGUCUGGUGACGCGACGCGGCCACCACUCUCGGCACCUCGGGCUGCGGCAGGGACCCGGGCGGCUGGGGGCUUACCUCACCCCCGCCUCUGCCCCCAGCGCAGUCCCCCUGCACGGCAGCCCGGCUAGUGAGCUAGAGGCCCGCCGCCGCGGGGCCCCGGUGACGGGGCUGACACGACCCAGGGGGCGGUUGUGCCAGCCCACCCCGGACACAGCGGGCAGCUCUCCGUGGGUCAGCUCCAUCCCGACCCGGGCCCCUCCCGGCCUCCGUGCCCAGCUCGUGGCCCUCCAUCUUGUCUCUUCCCCGAGUCCCCCCAGCUGUCUUCAGCGGGACCCCCUCUUGGGUCUGUGCCAUCACGCGGGGACCCCCACGCGCAGAACACCGAGUGUCAUCAUGCCCACCGCGCGGCCGUGUUCUCCUCCUCUUGCCCGUAACAUGCUGUUUCUGGCAGAAUCCACAGCCUGGGUUUUGUCUUUAACCUUUAUCGCUCGCCAUCCCAAUAAAGCAUUUAAAAUUA